CUUAGUGAUUUAGGAGCAUUCUCCUUUGAAAGUCAAAGGGACUUGUGCUCUGAAGUCAUGGUGAUUUGUUUCUAUAGAUCAUCCAUAUUCUGGAUGUUUAAAUUUAUUCUCAAUUAUCAUAGUACACCCCUGAGCCACUGCAAUGCAGAGAAAUUCUACAAGAUAUGCUGUAGCCUCUUUAACCCACCCCUCUAGUAUCUAUCACCACAGCACACCCUCCUUGGAGGCGUUCCUCACUGGACAUAACCAAGACACUGUACACAGUCACUGCAUCAGUGCACUGGGCAUCAGCCUUUGGGCCAGUGUGUCAGGAUUUUGUUCUACUUGUUUAUAGAAAAUGAUCUUUGUCGAGUAUCUGGUUUUAUCUUCCUUAGUACUGGGAGUGCAGUUAUUUCUGCACCAGACUCAGCGGAUCCAGUUUGUUGAAGUUAAUGACACCGCCAAGAUCCACUGUUCUUCCACAGAAAACUUGAAAGCAGGAAGUAACAUGUUUUGGUAUUUGAGAAGAGAAGGUGAGACACCAACAUGCAUUAAGCGCUGUUGGGAUGAUCAAAAUGUAAGUAAAUUUGCUUGCAAACACGAGACACACAGCUCGACACUGGAAAUCAGCACUAUCCAAAAGACGGAGUCUGGCAUUUACUACUGUGCAUAUAAAUACAGCAGCUACCUGAUCUUCGGGAAUGGAUCCACACUGAUUGUUGGAGACAGUUAUACCAAGAGUAGCUGGGUGAUGCUUCUGGUCCCAUUUCCACAUGGCAGUCAAGUCACUGGGGCAGCGAAUCUGGCCUGUGUGAUCCAUGGAGUGUCCAGCCCAGUCCAUGUUUCCUGGAGUGUUUCUGGGGAGCUGCAGGAACAGGGGCUGACACGCUCAUUGAAAGCAAAGGAUGGAUCUUUAACCCUCAUAAAUCACAUCAGCGUCCCCAUGGACACCUGGACCAGUGGGAAGAAUUUCACCUGUGAAGUCAAAUUCAACUCUUCCGGCAGCAGUGUGAAGAAAAGUACCAGGUAUCCUGCAGCCCCUGCCAGGGAGUGCUCACAUUACAUUGUGCCCCUUGCGGCUGGAGCUGGUCUGCUGCUGCUGGUGGUGUCUCUGAGCCUCGUCUGGACCCUCUGCCCUUCCACGCUAGGAUUCCAGCCCAGGGUCUCAGCACCCCCAGCUUCCGAGGAGCCCCAGGGUGGAAUCUUAUACGCUCAUCUGGAUUUCGAUUCGCGGAAUCUCAACGGGCGCACAAUGCAGCGAUUGGCCAGAGGGAAACGUGUAAAACCCUGAACUCUCUGGCACAGGGGAAUCCACAUGUGGGAACUGAUGGCUGAUUCUCUGCUGAUUGGAAGAAGCAGCUGGAAGAAGGCUCUGUCUGUCUCCGUCUCCUUUCUUUUUGUAUUUUCUCCCCUUCUCUGUUUAGAAAUAAAAGGGCAGAAGACCCCCACCCCCCAGAG